GCGGCCUGAAAGGCAAAGGAACAGCGAGCGCUACGCGCCCCGUGCCUUAUAUACCACCCGAGCGGAGCGGCAGCGCCUCUUCCGAUUGGCUGCGAGAGGAAUUGUUCCGACAGCCAAUGACAAGGCGAAUCGAGACGCGUCCAAUAGGGACGCUCGGCGCCGAGCGCAGAGAUGAUGCCGGGCCAAUGGCGAUGCGGCGAUUUCCGCGGCGCCGCUAUAAAGGCGGCUCCCGAGGCUGUGCGGGUGUUGAGUGUUUCUAGUCGCUGUGCUUGUUGCGGGAGGGGACUGCGCUUGUAGCUAUGCCCGAGCCAGCUAAGUCCGCCCCCGCGCCCAAGAAGGGCUCCAAGAAGGCGGUCACCAAGACCCAAAAGAAAGGAGACAAGAAGCGUAAGAAGAGCCGCAAGGAGAGCUACUCGAUCUACGUGUACAAGGUGCUGAAGCAGGUGCACCCCGACACGGGCAUCUCGUCCAAGGCCAUGGGCAUCAUGAACUCCUUCGUCAACGACAUCUUCGAGCGCAUCGCCGGCGAGGCGUCGCGCCUGGCGCACUACAACAAGCGCUCCACCAUCACGUCGCGGGAGAUCCAGACGGCCGUGCGGCUGCUGCUGCCCGGCGAGCUGGCCAAGCACGCCGUGUCCGAGGGCACCAAGGCUGUCACCAAGUACACCAGCUCUAAAUAAGCUGCUUCUGCAUCUUGUUUCCGAUAUUAUCGACCCAAAGGCUCUUUUAAGAGCCACCCACCUUUUCAGUAAAAGAGCUGAUGCUGUGGUGAAGCCUUA